GGUGGACUCCGGGUUGAAAAAUGUGCCCGCUGUUGCAAGUUUAGUAAACGCAUUUUUCAAUGGUUGGGUUCAGAAUCCGGUGCACGGUUCACGAAGCAUUAAACCGAAACAAAGUUUCAUAUCAACUACUCAUCGAUCCGCUUGCGGAACGUGGUAUGCCGGAAACGUACCGUGAACGAUAGUGGCAGCCCGAAAGUACAAUUCGCCAAUUCCAAAGAGAGAACCACGGACGAGAGUGUUCAACGAAGCGAAGGGUGAACGGGGUGACGAUGAAAAUCAAAAUUAUGAAAUCAUUCGUCAUUUUGGGAGGCCCGCGGUCCAACAAACUGGAGUGAACCGUACCGUUCCCGGGCGAUAUGAAUCAAAGAACUAAACGUUUCAAACACCCGAGAUAACGACAAGGAUAGAACAGUGAACGUGUGUUUGGGGGUGAAGCUGUGAAAUCGUAAAAAAAUACUCGUGAAAUAAUCACCAUUUACACUGUGACCAAUUGCUAUAGAAAUUGUGUUGUAAAACAAACUUACCACCCUUUCCCAACCAUCGGAGGCAAGAGUUGUUAACCGAGAACGGGGGAAAAAAGAACCACAAUUUUAAUCUACCGUGUUUUUCCGCACAAGCGGUUGGAAAAAAUGGCCGAGAAGCAGUUUUUUGAUUAGUCGCUGCUCAGUGAUCCAUUCACACAACCUCAAACUCAUCAUAGUAGCAGGCUAAAGUUGUUCCAGCAGCAAGGAAAGUGAUGGAAACAUGCUGAUGAGCGUUACUAGAUAGCAGCAGUAGCACCAGCAACACCAAACACGCACGUUGUGGGUGGAUGGAAAAAAGUGAACAGCAAUAAUUGGGUCAAUUUUUGGGACACAUUUGACCGGACAUCACCGAGUCCGUAAGCAUUGCGGAACAUUAAACGUGAACAUUACCGCUGCUCCACAUCAUUCCCGGUGAUGAGCAGUGGCGGAGGGAUUGUGCAGAACCGAGCGCAUCCCCGGACAGUGUGUGGAUUAUUGUUGGUGGCGAUAUCUUUACUCUGACAAGCAUUGGUGAAUCCGCCCCUCCGGCUCUCGAACACGGCCGAAUCACACAUACUCAUUCGAUUGUUGCAACGGCAGCAAGUCACGAUAUGUAGUGCAGAUAAUCAAAUUGUGCGCUUAGUUUGAAAGUAUGGAAAUGAGCGAUCGUGCGAAAGAAGCCGGUACCGUGUAGUGGACGUGCUGUGGAACCAUUCAUAUAACCGGGGUGGUCGGAGCUAACAAAAGCUCAUCAUGCCAUUAGAGGUCUUUUAACAACAUUAGACGAGAGUUCCUUUUUCAACUCGUCGGAACAAGGACUACGUGGAAAAUCUCCAAAGUCUCGUUAAGCCAUUACACUGGCAGGCAGUCAGUGAAUGUGGACUCUCACCAUUUGGGUGACUAGUAACAAUCCUGUUUGGCAGGACGACAACCCACAAAAACAUCCACCCCCGGUACUCUACACCCGUAUGGUGGUGUCCAGCUCCCUCCGUAAUCAAUUAAGCGAGCGGAUGGAAAUGUGUCUAUGAUGAGACUAUCGAAGGUGUCGCCUAAGAAAUGUUUUUUUCUUGUUUUAUGUUUUGCUGUACUGAUAUUAUUAGUGUUCAACUUAAGGGAUAAAGAUUGGAGUACUAAAUCGCCACAUGUGCUAUAUGCGAGAGAUGAAUACCAGCUGGAUGAGACUAAUCUGCGGCACGAGCCAUCCGUUACAACCCUAGAGGCCGUGGAUACUGUUGAGCAUGGUGAGAAGGAGAACGAUAUCGUCGACUAUGGAAAGUCCCGAUCGGAAGAGCGGCCUAAAGAAACGCUGACCGCAAGCGAUCUGCCAUGGUACUUCUCGCAGGGUAUGCGAUAUCCAAAGCCGGCGAGGCGCAAUCGCAAAACGAACAAGCGGCUGGCCAGACUGCUGCCCAGCGAAACGUCGCGAGGUGAUCGCAUCAGCAACCAGCUUAUGUUCGUGCCGCCAAACUAUGAGACAAUCAAACGAAAGGGAAAGUUGAAAACGAUCCUGCUGUACAAUGGGCUCAGUCCGUGGAACGUGAAGGCUGGCCGGGAUGUGUUUCUCAGCUCCAAGUGCCCCAUUUCAACCUGCACUAUUACGGCGCAGCGGGAAAAGGCCUCCACAGCUGAUCUAGUGCUGUACAAGGAUCACUACAUUCCACCGUCGGUUCCUCGAUCGACCUACCAAAUCUACAUGAUGUACUUCCUGGAGUGUCCGUACCAUACGCAGCACGUGAAAUAUCCGGACGUAUUCAACUGGACCGCUACGUACAGGAAGGACAGUGAUAUUGUCGCACCGUACGAGAAGUGGGAAUACUUCGAUCCACGCAUCAGACAGGUGGAACAGGAUCGUAACUACGCGCUCAACAAGACGCGCAAAGUGGCCUGGUUUGUUUCAAACUGUGGUGCACGCAACGGACGCCUUCAGUAUGCACACGAGCUACAGAAAUAUAUCCAGGUCGAUAUUUAUGGUGCCUGUGGCACGUUCAAGUGCUCCCGCAGUACAGCAGAGCGAUGCUUCGAGAUCCUUGACCGGGACUACAAGUUCUAUCUCGCCUUCGAAAAUUCCAACUGCAAGGACUACAUCACGGAGAAGUUCUUCGUCAAUGCCUUAACGCGCAACGUGCUGCCCAUCGUGAUGGGUGCCCGGCCAGAAGACUAUGAGGCUAGUUCGCCCCAAAAGUCCUACAUCCAUGUGGACGAGUUUGGGUCACCGAAAGAGCUGGCCGAAUAUCUGCAUCUGCUCGACCGAAAUGAUGAGCUGUACAAUUCCUACUUCAAGUGGAAGGGUACGGGCGAGUUUAUCAACACAUACUACUGGUGUCGGGUCUGUGCUAUGCUCCACGAUGAUGCCUCCUUCCGGAGGCCCAAAUCGUACGACGACAUUAACGAAUGGUGGCGUGGACCGGGCGUUUGUACGAACGGUUCCUGGCGCAACUAUCGGGCACGCAAUCCCGAAAAACCAAUAUCCGAUAGUCGAUGAGCAUCCAGGCAAUCGCAAACCAGGUCUCGUAUACACAAUUUUGUUUCCUCUUCGCGAAAGAUGAUUUGAUCUAUCGGGAGCAGUCUCCCUUUACAAAGGCUAAAGCAGAAGUGUAUUAUAGCAAAGUUCCUUUCUUUUUAAAUUGAACACAUUUGAAAGGGCCAUUAAAACUAGCCACGUGGUAAGGGUCCUGCAAGCUCACGAAUAUUUAGUAUUCUUUUGGAUAGCUUCAUUUCUUGAGAAACGGGAAUUACCGUUUAAUCUAGAGUUAUUUAACAGGUUUAUUUAUCUUUAUUAAGAUGUCUAAUAAUUGUCGCUUUUCGAUGACGGUGAUAAAAAAACGUUGCUCAUACACGUGGCGACUAGCUAGAGUAGAAGCAAAAACAUGAGCAAGCGGAGCGAACAGGCGAAAGUGCUUUAAGUUCCUUUCCAUACAUCAAGUAACAAAAUUGCAGUAGAAAAAGCUAAAUGAAGACGACAGCCAUAGGGGAAAAGGAACAAAUCACGUUUCUUCUUAGCCAUUAAACGAUUUCAAACUUCUAGAGCGUGUGGGAGGUGGGAAUUUCGCUCGCCGUUAGCUCACCGGCUGUAAGGAAAUUAUGUUACUUAAUCUUUUUGUCAAAUACAUUAUCCUUUUUGAUGUAGAUAAAACGAACGUAAGGUUGAAAUCGAA